AUGAUUAAGGCGGAUUAGAUUGUGCCCUAUUCUGCACUAUAUAUUGAUAUGUAGUACAGACACCUGUUCAACACAUUGUGGUCAUACUUGAAACCAAUAGAUUAGGAUAAGUACAUUCAAUAGAUCGAAGAGGUUUGGCUUGGAGGAUUGAAAAAUUAAAAAAUACUAGUGACCUUAUGUGUCCGAGCCUCUACAGAUUUGGUAUUACAAGCUUUAAAUUGGCCACCAGGGUCUGAAGUUAUAAUUACAGGAAUUAACAUACCAGACAUGGUUUAAGUGUUGAGGUUAAAUGGUCUCAUCCCUGUGCCCAUUGAAGUAGAUCCCCAUACAUUAGGAUGCACACUUGAUCAAUUUAAAAAAUUUUACACCGAAAAAACCAAAGGCAUUAUGAUUUCCUAUGUAUUUGGGGCCAAAUUUGAUGCAUCAGAAAUUAUUGAUUGGGCCAAGUCAAAAGGAUUGUUCAUUAUGGAAGAUGAAGCUGAAAGUUUUAGUGCACCUAAUGCUAAAUUAAACCCUAAUGUGGAUUUUUCCACUUUUAGUUUCGGUUCCAUAAAAACUUGUUCUGCUUUCGGAGGCUCUAUAAGUGUCAUUCGAAAUAAUGAGGCUCUUUACAGGAAGAUGAAAGCCAUUCAAGAAACCUAUCCCAAAUGGUCUUAAAGAAAUUAUUUCAAGAGAACCUUAAAAAAUCUAAUCCCUAUGAUUUUGUUAAAUAGUAGAACAAUCAACAGGAGUUCCAGAUGGAUUUUCAUCAACUUCUUUCCAAAUUGGGACUACAAAGAAUUUGUGGUCAAUAGCAUCAGAGGAUUUCAAAAAAACCCAGAUGAUAUUCUGCAAACUUAUCGAUUUAGAGUUCCUGAUCCCAUGUUGGUUAUGUUGGCUUUGCGAAUGAAAACUUUUGAUACUGAUCAAUUCAAUAUGUCAAUCUCUCGAUAAUUGGUUGGUCAGAGUAUUUUGAAGAAAGGCGGCUUGCUUGUACCAGGACAUGCAGUAGAAGAUAGAAGAUUUUGGCUUUAUCCAGUCGUUGUUGCGGAUCCUGAAACCACUUAUAAGGUGUUGAAUUCGAGGGGAAUAGAUGCCUACAUGGGAGUCACACAAUUGGAUAUUGUAGAAAGCCCUAUUGGUAGUUCCUACUAAUAUCCAAACAGUACUUUGUCAUAUUUUAAAAAUAUUUUGUAUCUACCGAUUCAUCAGAAUGCAGAUUUGAAAUCUAUUCAGCGUAUUUGUAAGGAGGUUGUUGAGGUUGUGGAGAUGUUGAAGAGUCAACACCCAAAGUUAUGAUUUAAUUUAUAUUAAUAAUUAUCAAUUUCGAUUAAUUGAUUCA